AUGCCUUCGAGCGUUGCCGUCUUGAAGCUCUCAAAACACGCAAAGCUGAAAGAAGCCAACCUCUUCAUGAAGAUCAGCAAUCAUCCAUCCAUCGUCAGCUUCUUCGGCUUGUGCUAUGAAGAUAACGAACGAUACCUUGUGACCGAGUACUCGGAGCACGGGUCUGUGAAUGAUGCCAUGGAGCGAUUUGAGGACGAUUUCACCAUGCAGCACAAGCUUGUGAUAGUCCAGCAGGCAUGCAGCGCGAUGUCCUACUUGUCGGACUCGUCUCUGCUCCACGGCAAUCUGCAAGCGAGGAAUAUCUUGUUG